AUGUUUCCCCGGCAUUACGGGGGCUGCCAAGGGCCCGUAUCCCGAGACCCUUCCCCACAGAAACUGAGGCACUGUCGCUCAGAUUGGGCCGGGCCCCAGAAGGGCUGGGGGAGACGCCGAGGGGGCAGUUUCCCCGGGGUCUUCGGCAGUUCUGGCUCUGAGCCAUCCUUUCACUCGUGGGGCUGUAAGCCAGGUCCCGGAGGAGAACGACACCAUCACAACUCCAAGGACUUGGCUAGUGGAGGUAGUGGCCCCCAGCCCCCCGAGGCCUCGGCGGUUCGGGUCGUGGAGCGCCAAUCGGUGUUUGCCAACGAUGCCUCCACUGCUCUCCACUCCUUCCUGACCCAGAAGCGGCGGGUCUCGGAUCCCAGGGACUCCGGCCUCCCCCGUGACCCGGAUGGCAUCUCCGGCCCCCGUCCCACCUCCAGCGGCUCCGACUCGGAGGAGUUCCCACCUAGGAGGGCAGGAGGCACGAGGAGGGCAGGCGUUUGGGUUCCUGGGCGUUAUCCCUCAGAUGUCAAGAAUGGGCAACCGGUCCCAGGGCCUCAGGUCCGACCAGAAUGUGCUCUGGUCCACCUGUUCGGCUGUGACGACUGCCGGAGACUGAACUGGGGUUGGGGGGAGAUCUGGGAAAGGGACUCUUCCCUGGGACCAGAGAGAAGCAAGCUGUUGGCGGGGCAGUGUUGGUGGCCGGGACCUGGGGACAAGAAGGGGCAGGAGGGAUGGGAAGAAGAAGAAGAAGAAGAGGAGGAGGAGGAGGAGGAGGAGGAAGAGCGGGAAGAACUGUGGGUGAGUGGGAAGCUAACGGAACUAAAGACUGGAUCGAGGGGAGAACCUAAGGAACAAGAUGCCUGGAGCGGCACCCAACAGGGGCAUCGGAGGGACCCAGAGAGAGAUCCCUGGGCAUUGGCAAAGCGGGCAUGGAGUGGGGAGAUGCAGAGGGACUGGCCUGAGCUGUGGGAAGGCCCCGAAGGCAACGUCCAAGCUUUGGCUUCCCCCUGUCACCAGGAUGAGGGUGGCAGAAACGGCGGCAUCCCCCUAUUGCCAGGGAGGGCCCGCGGUCACGUCAGGCUCAUUGUGGAGGCGUUUGAGCGCAGGUCCCGGAGGACUGAACGGGCAGCCCGGCGCCAGGAGCAGGAGUUGGGGCAGGCCUUGAACCCAACCCCCGGGCUUCCUUCCGCUUCCCAGGCAAGCGGGGGGUCAAGGAGAAGGGGCAGCUCCCGGGCAGGGGGAAACCUCAGGCCUUCUGACGAUCUCCUUCAGGCCCCUUUCCCAACCAGGCGGGGUCCAGGUCAGGACACUAACACGGGGGAGGGCAAGGGCCCAGCACGAGUGAGAAGACCCCCCUCUCAGCUCCGGGGUCCGGGGCAGUGGGAGAAAGAAGAGCGGGGCUUGGCUAGUCCUCACGCUUCAAAGCACAACAAAUAUUAA